AUGUCAAACAAAACAUCUAUGGAUGCUAGACAAGAACUAGCGGAAUUAGUAAAAAGAAAAGCUGAAAUUGGGGAGACAUUAGCGAAUUUAGAAAAACAAAUUUACGCCUUCGAAGGUUCCUAUUUGGAAGAUACGCAGCUGUAUGGAAAUAUUAUAAGAGGUUGGGACAGAUAUUUGUCAACAAAUAAAACGACUAAUUCUAAAGCUGAUAAAAGAAAUCGGAAAUUCAAGGAAGCCGAAAGGUUGUUUUCGAAAUCAUCAAUUACAUCCAUGGCAGCUGUCAGCGGAUUAGUUGACCAAAAUGCAGAUAAAAUGGACAGGCAAAGCGAAUCCGAAUCGCUAACAAACGAGGACUCUAGCGACACGAAUAUGCCCCUAGUAACGAAUCACAUCGAUUCCGGUAUCAAAACGGCGGGCAAACAAUCCACGAACGCUUUCCCCACGUCCAACGGGACCCCCAACGGACUAGACCGGGGCAGUCCGCACCCCGACGCUUCGGCCAAGCAAAAAAACUUCACCCCUAACGCUAAAAAGAACAACAACAAGAAAGCUAGGCACAGAUAA